CCCGACCCGACUUGUCUGCUCCCCGGUUUUUAGUCUACCUCUGUCGAGACAAGCUUCUUGUAUCUUCUUCGGGUGGUUUCGUUUUUUAACUUGAGAAAGUAAAGUUGUGUAAUUGAAGGUGACUUCCAACCUCUGGGAUUGUGCUUUUUUUUCUUUCUUGUGCAUCAAAUGCCUAAGAAGAAGAGUAGUAGCAGUUCUUUGAAAAACCCAUCACAAGAAGUGGACAGACCUGGAAUACAACAAAACAAACCAGUUCCAAAACCUGGUAAAUUAGGAAUAGAGAUUGAUGAGAUCUUUAGUGGGAGAAUGAAAAAGAAGCUAUCACAAGAAGUAGAGAAACCUGCAAUACAACCAACCAAACCAGUUCCAAGACCUGGUAAAUUAGGGAUAGAGAUUGAUGAGAUAUUUGGUGGGAGAAAGAAGAAGAAGAUACCAGAGCUCGAGAAACCUGAGUCCAAAGAAGAGGUAGCAAAGAAGGAGAGGAAGAGGAAGAGGAAUGAGCUUGACGGGUUCAACAACAACCCGAAAUCCCGACCAAGGAAGAGAACCAAAGACGGUUUACCAGUGUUCACGGAAGAUGAACUUGGUAUCAACAAGGCCUAUGCUGGUGAUACUCCUCUUUGUCCCUUUGACUGUAAUUGUUGCUUCUAGUUCCUUGUCAAACCAGUUUUGAAGCAGAUUAACUCUGUCUGGUGGAAAAUGGAUGAAUCAUCUCAGUUUACCAGAGUUUGUUGUAGUCAUUGUUGUUCAUGUUUUGAUUAAUAGAAUACAUUUUUUUU